AUGGUGGACAUCGAAGAUACUGGCCCAGUUGUUUCGAAAAUUUUGGAAGAUCCCGAAAAAUAUGUUGGCAAAGAUAUUUGCAUUUGUGGCGAAGCUAUUCGAUUUGGUGACAUUCCAAAAGUUUUCACUAAAGUAACCGGUGUUCCAGCUAUAGCAAAAACAUCAACGGAAGAAGAAUUUCGAUCGGGAAUUCAAUUCAUGCCGAAAAUUGCACAAGAUGAAAUAGUUUCUAUGUUCAAAUGGUUUGAAGAAUACGGCUAUUAUGGCAAAGAUAAAGAUUGGACAUCGGGACAAAAGUUAACGGCAUUAAAUACAUUCGAACAAUGGCUUAAAAAAACUGGUUGGAAAGGUUAA